AUGGGUCUACCUCUGAACAACGGCGGACCAGCUGGCAUGCUCUGGAUGACAAUUUUGGCUGCCAUUGGUAUCUUCAUGUGUGAUCUGUCGCUUGCGGAAAUGGCCUCCAUGUCGCCCAGCUCCGCCGGACCAUAUCAAUGGACCGCUGAGCUAGCACCAUUGUCCAUGCAGAAAGUGCUGAGCUUCGUAGUCGGCUACUACGAUGUCCUUGGCUGGCAAGCAGCUCUUGCUUUUUCGGCUUUCCUGAUCGCGUCCAACAUCCAAGGACUGCUGUUUCUCUUCCGACCAAGCUAUGUGCCUCACAGCUGGCAUAUCACCCUGCUUAUGAUUGCAUCAGCACUGGUCACCAUCAUUGUCAACUACCGAUCGACGCGCAUCCUUCGACACGCAUCCUGGCUGAUGGGUGUACUCUUCAUUGCACUUUGGCUGUACAUCUGCAUCACCUUGGCUGUCAUGGCACCGCACCCAAACACUCGCGCGCUCACAUCCAGCAUAGCACUCGACUUCCAAGACCCAAGCGGCUGGGGAUCGAAUUUCGCAGUCCUUGUUGGUAUCCUGGGCCCGAUCUCGACAUUCGUGGGUGGUGAUGUUUCCUGCCACAUGUCGGAGGAGACAAAAGACGCUUCAGUAUCUGUUCCAAGAGCCAUCUACCGAUCAGCGGCCAUCGGCUACACUAUGACAAUCCUGACGACCAUCCUGAUAAUAUACAGCCUGGGUCCUGAUAUCAGCGCCAUCUUGUCUUCCCCGUCCGGACAACCAUACCAGCAAGUGCUGUACAACGCGACCAAGCGAGAGGAUAUGACGGUCAUCAUGGUCACAUUUAUGUUGCUCCUGAUCUUCUUCAGCCAGGUCACGACCACUACGGCUUCAUCCAGGCAGAUGUUUACCUUUGCUCGUGAUGGUGGUCUGCCCCUCCACAGCUUCUUGUCCAAGGUCACAACCACGACUCACAUCCCACGAAACUCAGUCUUCGUCACCUUCAUCAUCGUAUCGCUCCUAUCACUCAUCCCACUCGGCUCAGUCAUCGCCUUCAACAUCAUCACCUCCCUCUCCUCGAUCGCCAUCUUCUCAUCAUACUGGAUCUCCAUCGCCUGCCGCCUCUCAAAUCGCUUCUCAGUAAACCGCAUUGCCGAACCACGCUGGAAUCUAGGAGUAGCCGGGAUUGCGGUCAACAUCUUCGCUUUGCUGUUCUUGACCCUCGGCAUAAUCAUGAUUUGCUUCCCAUCGGCGCCAAACCCCAACCCAACGAGCUUCAAUUGGACGGUGGUGAUUUGGGGUGGUGUGUCGAUUUUUGCGCUUAUCUAUUACUUUGCGUAUGGACGUCGACAUUAUGCUUCGCCAAGGAGCAGGGUUACACAGUUUGGCCAGGAGGGAGAUCUGGAUAUGCAGGAGUUUGAGAGCGAGCAGAUGCGGAAGGAGGGGGACGUUCGGAUAAUGGCGGACGAGCCGUAG